GUCUGUAGUGGGAUCACUGCAUCUUUCUCGAACUUCUUCAAAUUCUUUCUAGAUUCAUCUUGUGAUCCUCUACUUCCGAACUAGCUCCAACCACCGGUGUCGGUUCUUCCAUAACUGCCAAUCAAACAAGCACGAAGCAAAACUUCCUCUAUCUUUAUCAACCAUUUUUCUUUGUUUUGUUCUCCUUCUGUACAAUUUUUUGAUUGACUUUCUGCUUAUAAUGUGGAAAUUGCAUCAUUUCUUUUGCGUGGUUAUGAAAAAAACAUUCUUUCUUCGUAGUUUAAAGCUAUUGGACAUGGAUGAGAGACUUCUCCCUGAAAGAAAAGAGAACUUGAGGGUGAGAGUAUGAGAGGAAUCAAAGAAGAUAUGGAGGGUUGCAUUUCCUGCCAUGUUAGCUCGAGUAUCGGGCUUUGGAAUGUUUGUUGUCACUCAAGCGUUCAUCGGACACAUCAGUGAGGUUGAGCUUGCAGCCUAUGCCCUUAUACAGUUCAUCACUGUCCGAUUCGCAAAUGGAAUAUUGGUCUUGAAUGAAUCAAAAAUCAUCUGGAGAAUCCCCUCCUCCGGAAUAAUCUCCAAAGUCACCUACUUCGGCCUCAUCGUUGUCACUCAAUCCUUCCUCGGUCAUGUUGGUGAAGUCGAACUUGCUACCUUCGCCUUCGUCCAGAGCAUUUUCCUUCGCUUCAUCAAUGGAAUUCUCGUUGGCAUGUCAAGUGCCACUGAAACUCUCUGCGGCCAAGCUUUCGGCACCGGACACUACCACAUGAUGGGAAUCUACUUGCAGAGGUCAUGGAUUGUUAACGGAUUAGUUGCCGCACUGACGAUUCCAUUCUUCAUAUUUGCCACGCCAAUCCUGAGACUAAUCGUUGAGGAGGAAGAGAUAGCGGUGGCGGCGGGGCCGAUCUCGCUCUGGUUCAUACCCUUUCUCUACAAUUUUGUCUUCGGACUGACAAUCCAAAUGUACUUGCAAGCGCAGAUGAAGAACAUGAUCGUUGGCUGGCUCUCCACCGCCUCCUUCUUUCUUCAUCUGUUGCUCUCAUGGAUCUUCGUUUAUAGGCUUGACUGGGGGGCCAACGGAGCAAUAGCUGCCUUGAGUAUCUCCUGCUGGUCAAUGGUUAUCGGCGAGUUCGUCUACAUAUUUGGAGGGUGGUGUCCGAAUACAAGGAAUGGGUUCAGCAAAGCUGCGUUCUAUGACAUUCUUGUUAUGAUAUAAUGCUGAAAUGGGUCUUUGCUUAGGUGUCAAUUUCUUUGUUUAUGUGUCAAUUUAUUGUUUACGUGUCUACCAAAUAAUAUGCAGUUUUAGUUUAAUAGUUGACAGAGUCCAAGUUUGUUACUUAGUGGAGAUACAAUUCCUUGUUUUUAGAGAUAAGAGUACUUUCUUGUUACCAGAUCGUCUAGUCAUCGUGUCCUUAUAUUGUGCAAUCUGUUGCUCUACAUUUUCUAUUUAAAUGGGCAAAGAUCAGUUGAAUAAACAUCUUCAAUUUCA